AUGCCGCGCCUCUUUGGCCGGUCGCAGACACCGACGCCGGCACAGGCACAGACACAGGAUCCGCCGGAUCCGCCGGCUCCUCGUGCCAAGCUCGUCCGGCGCACAGGCGACCAUUUCUCGCCCCUCCCCGGACGUCCCGGACAAGCCGGAUAUGCAGGCUCCGCCGCGUUCGAGCCGCUCCAUCGUGAAGCCAGCCUUGCAUCUGCGUCGCUGGCAUCCGCAUCCGCGUCCGCAUCCGCGUCGGCGUACGAGGUGCUCCUAAACGGCCCUGACCGAAGCAGCCUGUGCGGAAGCAAUAGUGGCGGCGGCGGCGGCGGCGGCGGCGGAGGUACCAGUGGUCUGCAGAGCCAGCAGCACCGCUACUACGCCGUGCGUUCACAACGAAAUCUACACCGUUCAUGGCUUGCGGUAGCAGACGCCCGAAGACCGUCGGCGUCUGGUGAACGGCCGCCACCGCGGAAGCUGGUCAAAGAUCCAGGCGGAUCGGCACGCCCGUCGGCGUCGAGGGAGAUUCCGGACGAGGAGAGUGACCUACGCCGAACGGCCGUAGGCGAAAGCCCCCACAACAACAGUGGAAAUGCACCGGCACACGACAGGGGCAGCUUUGGCGGCCCCAGCACACUCGGCAUCCGACGAAAGAUAUCUCGGUGGCGCGACCUGCGCUGGUAA